CGCAGUUCCCUACGCCCAACGCUCGCUCUCCUCUGGCAGGAGGGGUCCAGAGGACGGUGUCGCAAUCACCUUCCUCCCUCUUUCCCCGCCUUAACACUCAGUCACCUCCCAGAUGAGCGCGCUCGCAGACCGCUGCUGGCGGUCGGGUGCCCGGCAUGUCCCCUGAGUUCGCGCAGACGACAGUCACCGGUCCUCUGCGCAGCCUGGAGCAAGCCAACCGCACCCGCUUCCCUUUCUUCUCAGAUGUCAAGAGAGACCACCGGCUGGUGCUGAGCACCGUGGAGACAAUCGUGCUGGCGCUCAUCUUUGCGGUGUCUCUACUGGGCAACGUGUACGCUCUGGUGCUGGUUGCGCGCCGACGGCGCCGAGGGGCCACCACCAGCCUGGUGCUGAACCUCUUCUGCGCGGACCUGCUCUUCACCAGCUCCAUCCCCCUAGUGCUAGUCGUGCGCUGGACAGAGGCUUGGAUGCUGGGCCCCGUCGCUUGCCAUCUGCUCUUCUACAUGAUGACCCUGAGCGGCAGCGUCACCAUACUCACGCUGGCCGCAGUCAGCCUGGAGCGCAUGGUGUGUAUCGUGCGCCUGCAGCGCGGAAUGCGCGGCCCGGGGCGGCGGGCACAAGCUGCGAUGCUGGCGUUCAUCUGGGGCUACUCCGCUCUUGCCGCGCUGCCGCUCUUCAUCUUCUUCCAGGUGGUCCCGCAGCGGCUCCCGGGUGCCGACCAGGAAAUUCCCAUCUGCACACUGGUUUGGCCCAGCACCCCUGGAGAGAUCUCGUGGGAUGUGUCUUUUGUUACUUUGAACUUCCUGGUGCCGGGACUGGUCAUUGUGAUCAGUUACUCCAAAAUCUUACAGAUCACAAAGGCAUCGCGGAAGAGGCUCACCAUGAGCCUGGCGUACUCGGAGAGCCACCAGAUCCGAGUGUCACAGCAGGACUUCCGGCUCUUCCGCACCCUCUUCCUGCUCAUGGUGUCCUUCUUCAUCAUGUGGAGCCCCAUCAUCAUCACCAUCCUCCUCAUCUUGAUCCAGAACUUCCAGCAAGACCUGGUCAUCUGGCCAUCCCUCUUCUUCUGGGUGGUGGCCUUCACAUUUGCCAAUUCUGCCCUGAACCCCAUUCUCUACAACAUGUCACUGUUUAGGAAUGAAUGGAGGAAAAUUUUUUGCUGCUUCUCCCUCCCAGAAAAAGGAGCCAUUUUUACAGACACAUCUGUCAGAAGAAAUGAUUUGUCUGUUAUUUCCAGCUGAUUCGUUUUUCUCGACACAUGAAGUCUCUCCCUGUGGUGAGCCACGGUGUGCUUUAAUCAUCCACCAGUGCACCCUACUUUGCGGAAACAACCUAUGCAAACAUACAUCUGCAGCAGCAGCAAAUUAAGGGACGAUCAUUCCGUGUAAACAUACUUUUCCUUUAUAAGAGGACUCACGAUUGGGUUCCUUUGAAAUAUGAACUUUUUCAGUGUGUUUGUAAUAUGAUUGAAAUUAAUAAAUUUUUAUUUAUACCUGUUCAGCAA